AUGGAUAAGUUUAAGACGGUGCUGAACAUCGCCAGCAAACAGAAAAACUAUGGAUUCGGGCUGGUGGCUCUGCUGACGGCCGGGGGGGAGCAGAUCUUCUCCACUGUGGCUUUCCGGUGUCCCUGCAAUGAGCUGAAUUUCCUGUAUGGGAUGGUGUUCCUCCUGGUCCCGGCGCUGGCUCUGCUGCUGCUGGGCUACAUCCUCAGCACCAAGACGUGGAAGCUGGUGACGGGUGUGUGCCAGCACCGGGCCAAGCCGUGGCACCGGAAGAACCUGCUGUCCAGCAUCAAGGCCUUCUUCCAGAUCAGCGCCGCCGCCAUGGUGGCGCCGUCCAGCUGGAUCGCCGUGGCGCUGCUCAGCGGGAGCUACUACGAGUGUGCGAUGACCGGGACCAACGUGAGCGUCUACAACCAACACUUGUGUGAGGACGCCAACUCCAACACGCAGUGUGAGAAGGUUCUGCACCGGCUGCCUUGUGGGGGGGACAGCCAGGUCCGGCUGGAGGUCCAGAAGGAGAUCCUGAACACACUUAGAGCUCAGUCUCAGAUUCUCGGCUGGCUCCUCAUCGCAUCCAUCAUGUUGUCCAACCUCCUGCUGAUCUGCCUGGCGCGAUGCACCUCCCCUAUCAGCUACUUGCAGCUGAAGUUCUGGAGUGCCUACACUCAGGAGGAGAGUGAUCUGAUCAAGGAGUACAGCACCAAACAUGCCAAAGAGCUUGCCGAGAGGAACCUGAAGAGCUUUUUCAACCUAACGGCCCCUGCAGACUUCAAAACCCCCUCCAACACGGACUGGGAAAAGAUCUCAGCUCUGUACAAGUUCAGCACCAAAGACGAGUACUACAGCACUCUGCACCGGUGCGUGGAGAACUGCUCUGAGACGGAUGUUGGCAUUAAGAUGGUUUCAGUUCGCUCCAACUCAUCUGCUUAUAGCCCUGCUGCUCUUGAUUUUGUGGAUGGGGGUCCAAUGUCCCCAUGAGGAGAACAUCCACGUCUCAAAGAUGGUGCACGUAAUAGAGGGUAUGCAUUGACGUCACUCUCCCACUGGACCACGCUCCCUUAAGGCUGAAUUAUGGCUCUGCGUUAAAUCAACGCAGAGCCUUGGUUUAACGCAGAACCAUAAAUCAGGCUUUACUCGCACUGAGUGGCAAAAACAGCUGCAACUAGUGGGGGAAACUGUGGAGAAGACGGGAUAACAGCCGAUUAUCGUCUUAAAUUAAAGGCACUUGGACUUGACAGCGACCCGUACAGUUUCCCCAAUAACCAGUGGUCCAUGGACAUUAAUAUUUGGUACAGUUACCAAGAACCAGUGGUCCAUGGACAUUAAUAUUUGGUACAGUUACCAAGAACCAGUGGUCCAUGGACAUUAAUAUUUGGUACAGUUACCAAGAAC